AUGUUGAUGUUGGCAAGACAGAAACAAGAGGAUGGAUCAAAUGAUAAUGUGAGCGGACUGACAGAGACACUGGUGCACAGCAUAUUCUCACACAUCGAGAGUAUACAUCAUCUAUGUACAUUGCUAUUCGAUCAACUUAGUGCUCGUGUACUUGAAUGGCAGCCAUCGUCCAGCAUCGCCGACAUCUUCCUGGACAUGGGCCCUUUCUUCAAAUCAUAUAAACAGUUCUCUGAGAACUAUACCACCGCCACUGAGACACUGAAACAGGUCAAACAGAACUCACCGGCACUGGCCGUAUGGCUACGGACACGCGAGAAGGAGGCACGUUGUAGAUCACUGGAUCUUGGAUCAUUGUUGAUUGCCCCAAUUCAACGUGUGCCAAGAUAUAUUCUAUUGUUGAAUGCAAUGGCCAAGGUGACAGAGUCCAGCCAUCCGGAUUACAGGCGAUGUCAAGCGGCGGCCACAUUACUCAAAUCAAUAGUCCAAGUGAUCAAUGAUGGAAUCCAAGAGGAUGUAAACAGGAAACGACUAAUGCAACUUCAAAGUCUAAUCGAGACCUACAACAGGUAUCUUCCACAAUUGCCAAUCGAGAAUCUUGUGGAGCCACAUCGAAAGUUGAUCAAGGAGGGAAGAUUACAGAAACAAUCAAUGCGCGACAGAUCGAUCCAGACACGUUUGGUAUACCUUUGCAAUGAUUAUUUGAUCACAAUUACACCAUUGCCAUUGCCAAUUCAAACUGAUUUGGGAAAAGUUGACAAGAUGAUACCAUUGGCAACUGCAUCCAUUAUAAUAGACUCUGAAAGCGAUACAUCAUUCUACCUUAUCAGUCCAAUCAAGAGUCAUCUAUUCAUAUGCGACACUGCCACCACUCGAUCACAUUGGAUACUUGAGAUACAGAAUACCAUCUCCAACCUGGUCGAUUCCAAUCCAAUGUUCAAAGAACAACGCAAUCAAUGGACUAUUGAGCAUCAGAAUGGAAAAUGGAUAUGCGUGCCAAAGGACAAGGGAGUGGCGCCAGACACUUCCGCGAACACCAGUCGACUGAAGAAGGUGUCACCAACCUCACCAAUACCAUCACCUAGGAGGAAUGAUAAUGUAUAUGUACACGAACCAAUGGUCAAGACCAACACUUAUUAUAACAACAACGCGACAACUACACAAAUGGAGAACUUCGUGGCCACGAGGAAGAGUCCAAAUGCCGCCAUUGAUGUGCAUGCCCAACAGCAACACUUGGGGAUACCAGACGACAAGGAGUGGGUCGUGGGAGUCAAGGUGAACAAGAUAUCGGCACAAUCACUAUCUGGAUACCUAAGGCCGCCAAGUGGAGGCAACAUCAAUCAACAACAAUCAGCAACUACACUUCCAACAUCUCCAGACAUCUCAAACAACGACGACAACAACAGAAGCGACAACAACAACAACAAGGAAACAUCAUCAUCAAUCGAUCAAUGUACCGUAGAUGACAUCAAGGUGACCAGCAUGCCAAUGGAGAAGCUUAACUUGGACAACCUGCCAAACUAUGAUGAUGUGGAUAGCGAUAAUGACGACUACAAUGACCAAGAUGCUAAUGGGAACAGAGGAGAUGAUGUGGACUUGUCAUCAUCACUAAGUAGUCUUCUACCAAGUAGACGACGAAACGUAGUGCAUCUCCAAAAGAAUGACAAACUACAACUACUGAAAGACCUAUCUGGAUCAAGCAAUGUACUGGAGUCUCUAAUGUAA